GCGGCUACUGCUGAGUGCUGACGGAAGCUUUGUAGCAUCCAGAUCUUACAUUACAGCCGAAAGAAGUUUCCUUUUUUUCUCUCUCUCUCAGUCUCAGUCUCAGACACUCUUUCUCUCUCUUAUUUCGAGGACAGGAAUUCGCGACAUGAAUUGGCUGAAACAAAACCACAAUUCACCAUGAAAGCUCCUAACUUGAGCUUCUACAUCUACAUCGUCAUCGUUACACUCUCCCUAUCCAUCCCAGUCAACGCUGCAAAACAAGUCAAUGAAUCCGGCGCAAGAAGAAUCCUGCACCAGCCAUUAUUCCCGGCGAGUUCAGCGCCACCGCCAGCAGCCCUGUCUCCGCCUCCUCCGCCGGCGGAGACCCCUCCUACCCCCGACAACAUCCCCUUCUUCCACGAGUACCCGGGGGGGCCACCGCCGGAUCAGAACCAGAACCAGAACCAGGCAUCGGCGUCGAGUUCAAACAGCACAAUCGCCAACCCAACGGCCACGCAGCCGUCGAAAGGAACAAAAAACGUAGCAAUCGCGAUCUCCGUGGGAAUCGUGACGCUGGGAAUGCUCUCAGCGCUGGCGUUUUUCUUAUACAAACACAGAGCCAAACACCCCGCGGAGACGCAGAAGCUGGUUGGAGCGACUGGGAAUAGCAAUAACAAUAACAAUAACCCAAACAGGAAUAGCGAGGACGCAAACGCAAACGCAAACGCAGCGGCACCACCGUCGAGUUUUCUCUACAUUGGGACGGUGGAACCCACGCGCGCCUCGACCGCGUUCAGCGACUCGCGAGAAAAUAAUAAAGCCAACCGAUCGCCGUACCGGAAGCUGAAGCCAUCCGAUCGCUAUAGGCCGAGUCCCGAGUUGCAGCCAAUGCCGCCGUUGAGUAAGCCUCCCGACGGGAACUACCCGCCGGCGGUCUCCUCCGAAGAGUCCUCCGACGACGAGGAGACGACGGCGUUUCACUCGCCGCAGAACUCGUCGGUCGAUGGUUACUUCACGCCUGCCUCGCGUCAGAGCUCUCUCGUCAACGGAAGUCCCACACCGGUCGUUCCGUUCUCCAAGAGAACUUCGCCAAAGUCACGUUUUUCGGCUCCGUCGCCGGAGAUUAGACACGUCAUGAUUCCGUCGAUAAAGCAGCCUCAGCCUCAGCCUCAGCCUCGGCCUACGCCACCGUCUCCGCCACCUCAGCAUUUCCGAAAGCCGAAAUUCUCGGCGCCUCCCGCACCUCCGAAUUUGAAGCAACUUCAGUCAACAACCGACACUGCUCCGCAAGUGUCUAGGCCUUCACUUAUCCCUACUCCUCCUCCGCCUCCUCCGCCGCUGCGGAAACCUGGGUCACCGGCGGUUAGUGGUUCCUCUAAUUCUGCAUCCGUAAAGAGGCAGUCUUUGUCGCCGGUUCAGAGCAAUGGGUCGAAAAGUUCAGAGGUUGCUCAAAGUGUGAGCUUUUCCGAGAGGCUUGAAGCCAAUGAAGCGGAAGGAGCAAAACCCAAGUUAAAGGCUCUGCAUUGGGAUAAAGUGCGUGCGACCUCAGACCGUGCUACUGUGUGGGACCAGAUAAAAUCAAGCUCCUUUCAGUUGAAUGAGGACAUGAUGGAAUCGUUGUUUGGCUGCAAAGCCGUGAAUUCUGCCCCGAAGAAAGAAACUGCUAGAAAAUCAGUUCUUCCGUCCGUUGAUCAGGAGAAUAGGGUGUUAGACCCGAAGAAGUCACAGAACAUAGCUAUACUGCUCAGGGCUUUGAAUGUGACUAGAGAUGAGGUGUCGGAAGCGCUUUUAGAUGGGAAUCCUGAAGGUUUGGGCACUGAGUUAUUGGAAACCCUAGUAAAGAUGGCUCCUACUAAAGAGGAAGAGAUAAAACUUAAAAACUAUGAUGGUGACCUCUCAAAACUUGGAUCUGCGGAAAGAUUUCUUAAAGCGGUGCUUGAUAUUCCUUUUGCCUUUAAAAGAGUUGAAGCUAUGCUAUACCGAGCCAACUUUGAUUCAGAAAUUAACUACCUUAGGAAGUCUUUUCAAACCAUGGAGGCUGCAAGUGAGGAAUUAAGGAACAGCCGAUUAUUCCUCAAACUCCUUGAAGCUGUUCUAAGGACAGGAAACCGAAUGAAUGUCGGCACUAAUCGAGGGGACGCCAAAGCUUUCAAACUGGAUACACUCCUAAAACUUGUGGAUAUAAAGGGAACAGACGGAAAGACCACAUUGCUCCACUUUGUGGUCCAAGAGAUCAUUAGAUCUGAGGGUGCAGGAGCAGAGUCUGCAAAUGACAAUGUGAAAAUGGAUUCCAAAUUUAAUGAGGAUGAGUUUAAGAAGCAAGGGUUGCAGGUUGUGGCAGGACUCAGUAAAGAUCUUAGUAAUGUAAAAAAAGCAGCAGGGAUGGAUUCAGAUGUCUUGAGCAGCUAUCUUUCAAAGCUUGAAACAGGGCUUGAUAAGGUGCGAUUGGUUUUGCAAUAUGAGAAGCCAGAUAUGCAAGGCAAUUUCUUUAACUCCACAAAGUUAUUUCUGAAAUAUGCUGAAGAUGAAAUUGUAAGGAUCAAAGAGGAUGAGAGAAAAGCCUUGUUUCUUGUGAAAGAAGUUACAGAAUACUUUCAUGGGAAUGUAGCAAAGGAAGAAGCCCACCCUCUAAGAAUUUUCAUGAUUGUAAGAGACUUUUUGAAUAUUCUUGAUCUAGUGUGCAAAGAAGUGGAAAAGAUGCAUGAUAGAAUUGUUGGUGGUUCAGGUAGAUCCUUCCGACUAGCUCAAAAUGCAACUUUACCUGUUCUCAACAGGUACAAUCCAAAGCAGGAUAGAAGCUCAGAUGAGGAAAGUUCAUCCCCCUAGUACUGUGAAUACAAAACAAAACCUUAGUCUUUCAGAAUAACAGGGAAAGUAAAUGAAUGUUGUUGCAAAAUUUAGUUGAUAGCCAGCACUCCAGGAUUGGAUUCAUUGGGUUUAAUGCCAUUUCACUAGUAAUGGUGAAAGAAAGCCUUCCCUGAGACUGAACAUCAAACACUUCAAAUGCAUAGUGGGGACGGGGAUAAAAAA